GCGGUUGCCCCGGGAGACGGGUGCGGGUGCGCCUCCGUAUGCGGUCCCCCAUCGCGGCGCCGCGGACGGAGCCAUGGCCAGCGUCCACGAGAGCCUUUACUUCAACCCCAUGAUGACCAACGGCGUGGUGCACGCCAACGUCUUCGGCAUCAAGGACUGGGUCACCCCCUACAAGAUGGCCCUGCUGGUGCUGAUCCGGGAGCUGGGCCACGCCGGGCCGCAACUCAGCCUGCUGGACAGGCGGCGUCUCAACCGGCUUCUGUUGCCUCUAUUGCAGGGUCCUGAUAUGACACUGUCUCGUUUGAAUCAAGCUAUUGAUGAAUGCUGCCCCGAAAUAGCAAAUUUUGUUCAAACAAGGAUUAAAAUGAUGGCAGAAGGUGAAUUGAAAGAUAUGGAACAAUUCUUUGACGAUCUUUCAGACUCGUUCAGUGGAACUGAACCAGAAGUUCACAAAACAAGUGUUGUAGGCUUGUUUCUGCGCCACAUGAUCCUGGCCUAUAAUAAGCUCUCAUUCAGCCAAGUCUACAAGCUUUACACGGCUCUCCAGCAGUUCUUCCAAAACGAAGAGAAGAAAGGCAGGGGUGAUGAGAACGAAAUGGAGCUGACACGCGGUGGAGAACCGGACGAGGAAAUGGAGAGAAAAGAACUUGACGGGCCAUUCAGGGAGGAAGAAAUAUCCUGCAACGGGCCCCUCUCACAGAAGCAAGCAGAAUACUUCCUCUCCCAACAGGCAUCUUUGUUGAAAAACGAUGAGACCAAAGCCCUUUCUCCAGCAUCCUUACAAAAGGAGUUGAACAACUUGUUAAAAUUUAACCCGGAUUUUGCUGAAGCGCAUUACCUGAGCUACUUAAACAGCCUUCGAGUCCAAGACGUCUUCAGCUCAACGCACAGCCUCCUUCACUACUUCGACCGCUUGAUUCUCACUGGGGCAGAAAGCAAAAGCAACGGGGACGAAGGUUAUGGGCGAAGCCUCAGAUACGCGGCUCUUAAUUUGGCUGCGCUGCAUUGCCGCUUUGGUCACUACCACCAGGCUGAGCUGGCCCUGCAGGAAGCCAUCCGGAUUGCCCAGGAAUCCAACGACCACGUCUGCCUCCAGCAUUGCUUGAGCUGGCUGCACAUCCUGGAACAGAAAAGAUCGGAUAGCUGCAUCCUUCUCGAGCACUCUGUGAAGAAAGCCGUGUAUUUUGGAUUACCAUAUUUGGCCUCUCUGGGGAUCCAGUCCUUGGUCCAGCAAAGAGCUUUGGCAGGGAAGACGGCCAACAAGCUAAUGGAUGCUCUGAAAGACUCCGACCUCUUACACUGGAAGCACAGCUUGUCUGAACUGAUUGAUAUUAGCAUCGCCCAGAAGACGGCCAUUUGGAGGCUGUACGGACGCAGCACAAUGGCGCUUCAGCAGGCCCAGAUGCUCUUGAGCAUGAACAGCCUGGAGGCCGUGAACGUGGGCGUUCAGCAAAACAACACCGAGUCCUUCGCCGUGGUGCUGUGCCACUUGGCUGAGCUGCACGCCGAGCAGGGUUAUUUCACCGCGGCCUCCGAGAUCCUGAAGCAUCUUAAGGAGAGAUUUCCCACCAACAGCCAGCAUGCCCAGCUGUGGAUGCUGUUUGAUCAGAAAAUCCAGUUUGAUCGGGCCAUGAACGACGGACGCUACCACGUGGCCGACUCGCUGGUGGCUGGGAUCACCGCUCUGGACAGCUGCGAGGGGGUUUACAGGAAGGCAACUCUACUCAGAGCCCAGAACCAGAUGUCCAAGGCCCACAAACUCCUGGAGAAGCUCUUGAGCCACUGCCAUAAAACCAAAAACACCGAGAUGGUCAUCAGCGUCCUGCUGUCGGUUGCCGAGCUGUAUUGGCAGUCCCUGUGCCACACCAUCGCUUUGCCCAUCCUGCUGCAGGCCCUGGCUUUGGCGAGGGAGUUCCGCCUGCAGUACUUGGCUUCGGAAACCAUCCUCAAUUUGGCUUUUGCCCAGCUGAUCCUCGGGAUCCCGGAGCAAGCGCUCAGCAUCCUCCACAUGGCCAUAGAGCCCAUCCUGGCCCACGGAGCCGUGCUGGACAAAGGCGCCGCCAUGUUUUUGGUGGCCAAGUGCCAGGUGGCCUCCGCGGCCUCUUACGACCCCACCAAGAAGGCCGAAGCCCUGGAAGCCGCCAUCCUGAAUUUGAACGAAGCCAAGACCUAUUUUGCAAAAGUCGACUGCAAAGAGCAGCUGCGGGACGUCCUGUAUCUCCAAGCCAGGCUCUUCCACAGCCUGGGUAAGACCCAAGAGAGAAACCAAUGUGCCAUGCUCUUCCGGCAGCUCCACCUGGAAUUCCCUGCCCGAGGGGUCCCUCUGGUCAGCACUUUCAAGUGAGGCCUCUGAGCAAAGGGAUCCAGUCCUUGGCGAAGGCCAGCUGAGCCGCUAAACUGGAACGAGAUCCGUGAAUCCGUCCUUCUGCGGGUCUCCCUCCCCUCGUUCUUAUGGGUCUCCCACCCCGUGUCGUGUUCAGUCUUUGGAAAUGCCAAUAAAUUGGUCUGUGGGCGGUGCCUGUGUUCAGAUGCCCGUCACGCUUGCCUUGUCUGUUCUUGCCGGUCGAGGCCCCCUGACCCAUCCUGGUGAACGGUGGCUUUCUUGCCACGGACUCCCAGUCCACGUCUUUGCCACUUGCGAACCACGGGAGAUAAUCCUCGGCUUAAGACCACAAUUCAGCCCAAUGUUUCUGUUGCUGAGCGAGAAAUUUGUCAAAUGAGGGGUUUUUUACGACGUUUCUUCCCAAUGUUGUUAAGCGAAUCACUGCAGCUGUUAAGGAACUCACGCCGUUGUGUGAGUGAAUCCGGCUUCCCCCUCAAAAUUGCUUGUCAGAAGGCCGUCAAAGGAAAUCACGUGACCCGAGACAUUGCAACCGUCAUAAAUACGAGCCAGUUGCUAGGUUAGUUAAAACGUCUAAAAAUACGUCUAGCAAAUGUUCGAAAUGUUUAAAAAUGGGCACAUUUUAUCAUAUGUGGUGGAAGUGUGCCAAAGUUAAAAAAAAAUUUGGACAACGAUACGGUGGUUAGAAAAGAUUAUAGGGAAACUUGCAGCUUAUAAACCUUAAUAGUUUUGAUUAGUUACAAUAUCAGAAAAACCUGACAAGAAAAGUAUGUAUUUAAUACUACAUGCCCUAACAGCAGCGAGGAUUAUUUUUGCCUAAUACAGGGGGAAAAAAUGAAGAUAUAAUGCGAGAUGAAGAAAUAAGAUACUAGAUUGUGCAGAAAUGGAUAGAUUGACAAUGAGAAUUAAGAGGACGUAGAAGAUUAUCAAACAUGGAAUUUAUUUUACCAAGGGUUGGGGGGGAAAAGGGGUGGAGAUUAAGAACAUAAUCUGAACUGUUAAGCAAAUUAAAUACCCAGGCAACACGAUGUUUGUAAAGAAAUGUAU